AUGUCGGCGGCCGUGGGCGGCGCCGAGUUCCACGGCUUCGGCGGGGAGGCGCAGCUCCCGCGGUCGCGGAUGCUCGGCAGGCCCGUCAGGGUGGCGCCGCCCGGGGCGACGCCGGCUGGCGGCGGCGGCCCCUCGGCGGCCAGCAUUCGCGCCGUCUCCACGCCUCUGAAGAAGGAUGCAAAAGAAGUUAAGCGAAGCAAGGUGGAGAUAAUCAAGGAGAAGAGCAAUUUCCUUCGGUACCCGCUGAACGAGGAGCUGGUCUCGGAGGCUCCCAAUGUCAACGAGACUGCCGUCCAGCUGAUCAAGUUCCACGGAAGCUACCAGCAGAGCGACCGAGAAGUUCGUGGGCAGAAGAACUACUCGUUCAUGCUCCGGACAAAGAAUCCUUCCGGAAAAGUUCCAAACCAGACUUACUUGGCCAUGGAUACACUGGCCGAUGAGUUCGGGAUCGGAACGCUCCGUCUGACAACCAGGCAAACAUUUCAGCUGCACGGCGUUCUUAAGAAGAACUUGAAGCAUGUCAUCAGCACUGUGAUAAAGAAUAUGGGAUCAACCUUAGGUGCCUGUGGAGACCUCAACAGGAAUGUGCUUGCGCCUGCAGCGCCAUAUGCGAGAAAAGAUAUCCUUUUUGCUCAAGAAACAGCAGAGAAUAUUGCGGCACUUCUUGCGCCACAGUCGGGGGCUUAUUAUGACCUGUGGGUGGAUGGAGAGAAGAUAAUGUCAGCGGAAGAGCCUCCGGAGGUCACAAAAGCCCGGAAUGACAACUCACAUGGAACAAACUUCCCUGAUUCCCCUGAACCAAUCUACGGGACCCAAUAUCUGCCCAGGAAGUUCAAGAUUGCGGUCACAGUUGCUGGUGAUAACUCUGUUGAUAUUCUGACCAAUGACAUCGGUGUUGUUGUUGUUUCAGAUAGUGCAGGGGAGCCCGUUGGCUUUAACCUCUAUGUUGGAGGUGGCAUGGGAAGGACACACCGAAUAGAGACCACAUUCCCUCGUCUGGCUGAUCCACUUGGUUAUGUUCCUAAGGAGGAUAUAUUAUAUGCUAUAAAGGCGAUAGUUGUUACACAGAGGGAAAAUGGAAGAAGAGAUGACCGCAGGUAUAGCAGACUGAAGUAUCUGCUUGACAGCUGGGGAAUUGACAAGUUUCGGGCCGAAGCUGAAAAAUACUAUGGGAAGAAGUUUGAAGAUUUCCGCCCAUUGCCGGAAUGGCAGUUCAACAGCUACCUUGGGUGGCAGGAGCAGGGUGAUGGUAAAUUAUUCUAUGGAGUGCAUGUUGAUAAUGGUCGUCUUGGAGGGCAGGCAAAGAAAACUCUGCGAGAGAUAAUUGAGAAGUAUAACUUGGAUGUUAGCAUUACUCCAAACCAAAACCUUAUCUUAUGUGGCGUUGAUCAGGCAUGGAGAGAACCCAUAACUGCAGCUCUUGCUCAAGCUGGCCUGUUGGAACCAAAGGAUGUUGAUCUCCUGAACAUAACCUCCAUGGCAUGCCCUGCCUUACCUCUGUGCCCUCUAGCACAAACAGAAGCUGAACGAGGGAUCCUGCCAAUUCUUAAACGAAUUAGAGCAGUUUUUGACAAGGUUGGUAUCAAGGACGAGGAGUCUGUAGUGGUGAGGAUAACUGGCUGCCCUAAUGGAUGCGCCAGACCAUAUAUGGCCGAGGUUGGCUUCGUUGGUGACGGCCCAAACAGCUACCAGAUAUGGCUUGGAGGAACACCAAACCAGACCACCUUGGCAGAGACGUUUAUGAAUAAAGUGAAGCUUCAAGAUAUUGAGAAAGUUUUGGAACCACUGUUUUCCUAUUGGAAUAGCACGCGCCAGGAAGGCGAAUCCUUUGGAAGCUUCACAAACCGAAUGGGAUUUGAGCAACUGAAGGAGGUGGUGAACAAGUGGGAGGGGUCAGCGUCAGCCGCAUGA